AUGUCUGCAAGACCUAAUCAUAAUGUUCAAAACAGAAAAGUACGCUCGGAUUAUAGCUAUUUAUGCGGGUUGAAAUAUCGACACUUAAUUCCUCAUCCAAUUGAUCCUCCGUUGGAUCUGAAAUGGAAACCAGAUCUAGAUAGAAUAACCAAUAUCAAUCGGACUUCACGUACUUUUCAAACAAAACGUCUUUCUCUACUUAGUGAUACCGAUCUAGGGAUGACAUAUGAUUUAAGUUUUGUUCCUAGUGCAUUUCAAGGAGAUGAUAAUGACAUAAAUCCCAGGAAAACAACUCAACUCGAUUCUAAAGAUACUUGCCUAGUUGUUCCUCCCAAAGAUCAUGCAAACUAUAUAAGUGCAUCUGAAACUGUAUAUCGGGGUGAUAAUACUGACAAAACCAUGGAAAGUCGUAUGGCCACUUUAAAAGUCAGUCAGAUGGAUUUAGAACAAAGUCAUGAAGAACAGAUUGCUGCAAUUGAGGAAUCCUUUAGAAUUGCAAAUGAUCCUGAAUUUCUUAAGAAACUUGAACAUCCUAAAAAUCCGAAAGCAAAACCAGAAGAAAUUCUUUCUAUAUUACCAGAAUUUGAAUAUCAACAUAUCGUGGUUGUACAGGCCAGUUUUGAUAAUGAUCCUUGGGAAGGACUUCCCUUGAAUGAAGAUGAAGAUCGUGGAAAAAAUCGACCACAACGAGUUUGUAAAGCAUUAAUCAAUCCAGUAGUAUCUGGUGAUGAAAAGUUCUUGAUGUUAUAUGUUCCAUCUUCAGAAACUGCAGAAAGAUUAUCAAAUCUUAAAUCAUUUGAUGAUUGCGAAGGAGAAUACAAUUAUAAGUGGGUUAGAGAUUAUAUUACAGAUAAGAAUCAGAUUCCAAAGAAUUCACAACUUUUGUUAAUAGAACGUUGCAUUGACGAAGAUGAAACAAAAGAAAAAGUAAUGGUCUAUGUUCCUUUUGCAGUCAGAUGGAAUAUGAAACGUCUGCGACAAAGAGAUAGAGUCCGAGUACCAGAGAACUAUGGAAAACCAACUUUUUUAAAAUAUUCAUACAGAGUCCCUGAAGAUGAAGAGACUAGUCAGAUGGAAUUGUUGAUAAACGAAGGACUUCAUGAAGAUGAAGUUAAACGUAUCAUGGCUAAAAGGCGUCGGAUUGAACGACCAAAAGAUUAG